GCAAAAUCGACGCAAGAGGAAAGAGCGCAUAUACGCGACACGCGAUUGUAUCAGUUGGAAGUCUCUAUCAGUGACAGAAAAGACAGAAAGAAGUAAUCCUCUCGAUAAACGUGCGAGAUAUAGAGAGGGAAGAGGCAACAAGUGUGUGACAAUCGGUGUCAGAACUAAAUUACUCGUGGUAUAAACGUAGGCAAUUAUCUUUAAUUAGCUCUCACUCGUUUCACAUUAAUUAAUUGUGGUGCGCGUGAAGAUGAAUCUAUCAGUCAGCACGCCGAUUGUAUGCGUUCUGCUCGUGACUCUGCUGUCGGAGACGGCGCACGCCAGGCCGUCACAGUGGGUUUUGAGUCGGCAGAAACGCCUUUCUGAUCAAAGACUCGCCGAACUCGAGACACUUAUAGCGCUGCAAAAUGUGAAGGGCGUCGUGGUUCCCGUAGGAUUCGGAAAAGUGAACCCAGCUAUCUUAGGCCGUAAACGGAGAUCCAUCUCGGAGGAUAAUCUUCGAAAAUUGCAACAUUUCCUACUACUCAUUACUCAAGGCUCGGAAUCAACCGUGGACCAAUCUGAUCAGAAUCGUCCCUUAACGUGGAAGGAGGAUUCGCGGGAGGAGCAAAGGGACUACCAGUUGAUUUAAUUCAUAGACUUGGUGUAGCUCGAGAAUGAGGCGAAAGUCAGGAAAGAGAAGCGGAGGACAGACAACUGAGGAAGAAAGAGCGUGCUAGAGACAAAAGAGAAAGAGAUAGUGAAAUAAGAGAGAAGGAGGAAAUAG